AUGAUCAUGUUAAUUGCUCGACGUUUACAGGAGGCAUUUGUUUUUGAAAAUCCUUACACGGCAUUUACUAUGGAGACACUGCGUGUUGCUUGGGAACAACUUAUUUCUAGCAUCCGUUACGCCUGCAACGAAUUUGAGAACCAAAUUCUUACUCGUGACUCGCGUGGUCUAUCGAGUGAACAAAUUGAGGAUAUCCGACGCAGCUUUAAUCACUUUGAUAAAGAUGGGUCUCGCAAACUUUCUCCAAAUGAAUUUAAGGCUUGUCUGGUGGCGCUUGGGUAUAACAUCACAGAUGAUUCAAGAACGGUGAGAUUACUUUUCGUAUAUGCAGUUUAA